AUGGCGCACGGCGCUGAGGACUGCGCAUCCGUGCUAGAGCAAUUCGUUCAUGAUGUUGCGAAUCUGCCAGCGGAAAUUAACCACUUGAUGGAAGAGAUCCAGGCCAAAGACAAAAUCAUCCAAGAAUGUCGCACUACGAUCAAUUCGAGAGAUAGUAGUUUACAAAAAUUCAUCAAAAUGAAUGGCAGUCUGACGCCGAAUCCCAAAGAAGAGCAAUACGGAAAGGUCAUAUUACAGAAUCUUGACAAGUCGCAACAGCUACAGGAUGAGAAGAUACAAUUGAGUGAGAAAGCGUGCGUUCUAUUAGACCGGCAAAUCAAGAAAUUGGACAUCAAAAUUCGUGACCUGCAGAAUGACGGUGUUCUUUCGAACGAUCCGCCCUUGCCCUCUCUCUUCAAUAAUAGCGACCAAUACCGAGACCCCCCAAAGAUCUUUUUUCCCGACUCCGCCUCCGACUCUAAUUCAUACAACUCUCCCCUCCAUCCUACAUCCGGGAACGCCAACGUUAUAAUAGGCGCCACUCAGAGACUUAAUCAAUCACUGGCUCGAUCAGCGGGUGUGGCUGGCCUAGGCUCCCCAACUGCUGCGCGAAGCUCAGCUCCCGCAACUCCCGCCGGUGGCACCGCUCAUUUUCACCAACGACAACGUGAAUCAUCAGCUGGCGCUGUGGAGAACAAGCGACGGCGUCUAAACCCUUCACUAGGGACGCUACCAGCAGCAUCGUCGAAUCUCCGACAAUCCUCUCUAGGUCCCGGCACACCCAAAGGAGGUACACCAGCUUCUAGUCGUGCUGGCAGUGCCGGGCCACGCUCAUCAAGCACAACUAAAAAAGCCUUGACCAAGAAGGUUGCACCUCAUCAACAAUUGAAAAAGAUCAAGGCAUCAUCUGGAUUGAAUGGCAAAUCAACUAAACGGUCUUCUAGCGCUAGUGGCCGUAUCAAACUUACUACAAAGAAAUCGCCUUCCGCCCCGGGCGGCGAUGAAGACGAGGAUGAUUCGAUGCUCAGUAGCGCCGAUGUCUCGGACUCUGAGAACAACAGCGAUGCCCGGCGCGGAGAUGAUGACAUGGAAGAAGAGGAAGAAGAUGAGGGCAACGAAGAUACCAAGGUCUAUUGUACUUGUCGCAGUGUAAGCCAUGGUGAUAUGGUUGCUUGCGAUAACGAAAAUUGCGAGUUUGAGUGGUUUCACUGGAAGUGCGUCGGUUUAACCAGGGAGCCUGUAGGCACAUGGUUUUGUCCUCAGUGUGCAGCCAAGUUAAAUAGUUGA